GCGAGAAGCCACCAGUGAUGCUGCUCUUUUAAGGUCUCGCGAUAGUUGGCGUCCAACUUCAAAGUCCCUAGUGAGAGUUUUCUCCUCCACUCUCGCGAGACUUCUCAACUUUCCCACGCCUGUCCUGGCGUGUGCCCUCUACCGGUUGCCCCUCCCUCCACUUCUCAACCCUUUGCCCCGUCCGUCACACCUCCUCCGUGGCCCGCUCCCAUCUUCCCUGCCUGGAGUCUGCGUCUGCUGUUUUGCGGUUAAAGAGGAAAUGCCUCAUAAAUAAUUCCGUGGUUGUUAGACUUUUCUUUUUCCUUUCUUUACCCCUUCCCUCUUUACCCCCUCCCCCUUUAUUGCAUGUUCUCGUGUUUACGUGUGUAGAGGUGGGUGGCGGGGGUUGCUAUUCGAAAGAUGGCGCCCGUUGUUACGGGGAAAUUUGAUGAGCGAAAUCCAUCUCAGCAUCUAACAAGGGAAGCCAUGAGGAACUACUUGAAGGAAAAAGAAGAUCAAACCGUGCUCAUACUUCAUGCAAAAGUUGCACAAAAAUCAUACGGAAACGAAAAAAGGUUUUUCUGUCCUCCACCCUGUGUGUAUCUGAUGGGUGCUGGCUGGAAGAAAAAGUUAGAAAAAAUGGAAAAUGAGGGCUGCACGGAGCAGGAAGCACAACCAUUUGCAUUUAUUGGGAUUGGCAACAGCGUUCAAGACAUGCAACAACUUCAUCUCGAGGGAAAGCACUUCUGCAUGGCUAAGACUCUGUACAUCAGUGACUCAGACAAAAGGAAGCACUUCAUGCUGUCGGUUAAGAUGUUGUACGGAAACAGUUCAAACAUCGGCCUUUUCCUCAGCAAACGCAUCAAAGUCAUCUCCAAGCCCUCCAAGAAGAAACAGUCUUUAAAAAACACAGACUUGUGUAUAGCAUCUGGAACCAAGGUGGCCUUGUUCAACCGCCUACGCUCACAGACUGUAAGCACCAGGUAUCUUCAUGUGGAAGGGGGGAACUUCUGUGCCAGCUCCCAGCAGUGGGGGGCCUUCUACAUUCACCUCUUGGAGGACGAUGAGUCAGAAGGAGAGGAGUUUGCUGUGAGGGACGGAUACAUUCACUACGGAAAGACGGUGAAGUUGGUGUGUUCAAUAACUGGCAUGGCCCUCCCACGACUGAUUAUUCGUAAAGUGGACAAGCAAGCAGCUUUGUUGAAUGCAGAUGACCCAGUGUCCCAGCUUCACAAGUGUGCCUUCUACCUAAAAGAUACAGACAGAAUGUAUCUGUGUCUUUCACAGGAGCGGAUCAUCCAAUUCCAGGCGGCACCAUGUUCCAAAGAAGCUAACAAGGAGAUGGUGAGCGACGGGGCCUCCUGGACCAUCAUCAGCACCGACAAGGCGGAAUACACCUUCUGCGAGGGCAUGGGUCCGGUACCAACGCCAGUCACACCUGUUCCUGUGGUGGAAAGCUUGCAGUUAAACGGUGGAGGAGAUGUGGCCAUGUUGGAGCUGACGGGACACAACUUCACCCCGACUCUGAGAGUGUGGUUUGGAGACGUAGAGGCCGACACCAUGUACAGGUGUGGAGAAAGCAUCUUGUGCGUGGUGCCAGACAUCUCGUCUUUCAGGGAGGGCUGGCGCUGGGUGCGACAGCCGGUUCAGGUCCCGGUCACGCUGGUCCGCAACGACGGAAUCAUCUAUUCCACAGCCUUGACCUUCACCUACACGCCUGAGCCAGGGCCCCAGCCCCACUGCAGCGCAGCGGGGGCUAUUCUACGCUCACACAGCACCUCUUCAUCAUCGCCUUCAUCUCUGCUGCGCUGGCCUCAGGGAGGCUCACGGGCCCUGAAGCAGUAAAGACGGAAAUCCCAGCACCAGAAACUGUAAGCAUUUACUCCAAAGGGGGCGAUGGAUCUGUGAGGAACUGCACAGAAGCUGCUUUAAGAGCUCUUUUUUUCAGAGCAACUCCAACAGGACCAGCGCUGAAGAGACGUGUGAAAGCUGGCGGUGUGUUGUAGCACCCUCUGGUGGGGGGUAAUGUACAUUUUAUAUGUUUAAUUAAAGGGAGUUUUUUAUUUUAAACUAAACAAAGCAAGUGAUAAAUCUGCAGUUUAACUGUUACAACAGAAAAUCUUUAGAUUUUGAAAGUCUUAUUUUACUGAAUUUUGGUUUAUCGCUACAGCAAAGUAGCUUUCUCCUGAAACUUUCAUUCACUUUUGUGGGCAAUAAGUGAUCUAAGUAAAAUACAUUGUUUAUACAAGGAGUAUUUCUUUUUCUUCAUAUUUCAGUUAAAGGAUUUUGCUCAAAUGUAGCCAGAUAUGAUCUCACUAAAUAGUUUUUACUCAUUCAGAACCACAAUUAGACCACAAUUUGUUUGUUUUUUUAGAUUCUGUUUAAUCUGUGGUCUUUAGGUACAUUUCCUGUGUGGCAAUAAAAACUAACCAGAAUUUAAAGGGGAA